AGUGAGGAGAGGACAGGACUGGGCGCUCUGGGAGGACUGGUCUGGGGCUGGCUGGGAGCAACUAGCAGGACCGGAGGACCGGACCCGGGCAGGCGGACAUGGCUGGACAGAACGGCAGCGGGGGCGUCUGCUCCCGGACGAAGGAGAAGCAGAAAAUCCCGGACAGAGUGACCCUGAAGAAGGAGAUCGGGCUGCUGAGCGCCUGCACCAUCAUCAUAGGGAACAUCAUCGGCUCCGGGAUCUUCAUCUCUCCCAAGGGCGUGCUGGAGCACUCGGGCUCGGUGGGGCUGGCGCUGGUGGUCUGGGUGCUGGGAGGAUGCAUCUCUGCUCUGGGCUCCCUGUGCUACGCUGAACUGGGCGUCACCAUUCCCAAAUCUGGAGGAGACUAUUCCUACGUGACGGAAAUAUUUGGUGGACUGAUGGGGUUCCUCCUGCUGUGGAGCGCUUUCCUCAUCAUGUACCCCACCACGCUGGCAGUGAUCGCCCUCACCUUCUCCAACUACAUCCUGCAGCCCGUUUUCCCCAACUGUGUCCCUCCAUACAUGGCCACACGACUUCUGUCUGGGACUUGCCUACUGUUGCUGACCUGGGUGAACUGCUCCAGUGUCCGUAUGGCCACCAGGAUCCAGGACAUCUUCACCGUGGGGAAACUCAUGGCCCUGGGCCUGAUUAUCGUGGUUGGACUGGUGCAGAUCUGCAAUGGGAACUACGAGGCGUUGACCCCUCAGGUGGCUUUCUCACUGGACAGGACCCCGUCGGUGGGACAGAUCGCUCUGGCCUUCCUGCAGGCGUCCUUCGCCUUCAGCGGCUGGAACUUCCUCAAUUAUGUCACUGAAGAGGUGGUUGAACCUAGACGGAAUCUACCCCGUGCCAUCUACAUCUCCAUCCCAUUGGUGACGUUUGUGUACACGCUCACCAACAUCGCCUACUUCUCCUCCAUGUCACCCGAGGAGCUUCUGUCAUCCAAUGCUGUGGCUGUAACGUUUGGUGAAAAGCUACUUGGAGUCUUUUCUGUCAUCAUGCCAAUCUCAGUGGCUCUGUCCACCUUUGGAGGAAUCAACGGAUACCUGUUCACCUCUUCCAGGCUGUGUUUCUCAGGAGCCAGAGAAGGCCAUCUCCCCAGCCUGCUGGCCAUGAUCCACUAUAAGAACUGUACACCCAUCCCGGCCUUGCUGGCUUGUUGCACUGCCACUAUCGUUAUCCUGUGCAUCGGAGAAACGCACAACCUCAUCAACUACGUGUCCUUCAUCAACUACCUGUCGUACGGCGUUACCAUCGCGGGUCUGCUGUUCUACCGCUGGAAGAAACCCAACCUGUACCGCCCUAUCAAGGUGAACCUGCUGGUACCGGUGUGCUACCUGAUGUUCUGGGCCGUGCUGCUGGGGUUCAGUCUGUACUCAGAGCCCGUGGUUUGUGGCGUCGGGCUCGUCAUCAUGCUCACCGGCGUACCUGUGUACUUCCUCGGGGUCCAUUGGAAAGACAAACCAAAGUGCAUCUACACCUUCAUCGAGACUGCGACAUGCGUGGGCCAGCGGCUGUGUUAUGUGGUCUUUCCUCAAGUUGAUCCAACUGAAAUAGUUAGUGCCUCAGAAUGGACCGACCACCCGUCAGCCAGGAGUAGUUUCUCUGCCAAUUCUUAAAAACUUUUGAAUAUGUGAAGAUCUUAGUGUUUUCUCCACAUGCUACCUGGCCCGGCAUUCACUGCUGCCAUGGGAGCCCGUGCUCUGAUCUUUGAUCCGUAAAAAGACAGUUUUUUUUUCUCACAGUCAAGUGGAAAUGCCUGCUGCUCCGUGUGGGCUGCAUCAACCUUUUAUAUACAUCUCUUGUGUGUUAAGUCUUCAAGAACAACCGCCUAGUUCCCACAAUGCACCCUGUGAACAUGACUUUUAUUACUUUUAUUCCUGUUGUGGACCCGUUUGUUCCUUCCUCCCGUAGCAUCACCCAACUUGAUUGACAGCCGUUCUAAAUGUUGCUAGUAUAUCACUGUGCCUUUGUGAUUUCUCACUCAGAUUAGUUGCCAGAUGACACAAAUGAUGUCUGUUGAUAAUUAUUUCAGAAACCUGAAUAACAGGUGUAUUGGGCAUAAACUUCACAGCCCUCAUGGAUUUUUGUUUUUCUUUCUUGUACCAGACUCCUUUAAUCUCCUUUAAUCUCUGGUGUUUUACAUUUGACCCUGUUUGAUGUGAUAGACCUUUUGGAUACAAAUCUUGAGAUAUAUUUCUAAUGUUCACCCAAUAUGCUGAAACUGUGAUCUCUGUUGGCGGUUAAUAAUGUAAACCAUUAACUUCCCAGGCAAUAACAGCUGUUAAACUGGUAUCUGAGGAUGUGCCGGCAUCAUGACUGGAGGAAUGGCUAUGUUAAUCUUUUUCUCUGUUGUUUCACAACUUUUUUUUCCCCCAUCAGUGGAGUUGUUAAAACAAAUGGGACUGUUUUUGCCUUGAAGCUUCUCUGUUAGAACUACGGCCUCUCUUCCUCUCAGACAACUAUUCUAGUUCUUCUGGACGUAACUGUGAUUUCCAGGGGCGUUACCAGCAGAUGCAGAAAAAACUAGUGUCAACAUCCAACAUGGCUGCAGGGAAGUAGGAGCACUGUUGACGGUUUUAACUGGUUGAUCCCAGGUGUUAUUAGCACUUUCAAACAGUUUCAAAGUUUAUUUAGACGGGACAAUGCAUAUUAAUGCACACUACAUUAGCACUUGUGCAGCCGUCUCGGUUGUUUGAGUCACUCUUGUGUGAAUCAUUACAUAAAGUCCACCCCCGUCCUGUUGUGAUUGGCUUGGUACAUUCUGUACCGGUGGAGACGGCUGUGAGUGCGAGGGGUUCAGUUCAACCUCAUUUAUAAUGUGAGGGACAAAUGUCAUCUCAAGGCGCUUCAACAACACAAUUUAAUUCAUUUCAAAUUAGGCCAAUUAAUACAAAGCCAAUAAUAUAAUAAUUAUUAGUGCUUUGCGUGGGGAAACCUACCGAUCGCUUUGACACUUUUCUUGGAUACAGUCCCCCGUCCUGAGCAAUCAUGCAAUGACUGUGGAAAGAAAAACUUCCCUUAAGAAGAAAAAAACCUCAGGAAGGACGAUCCGUUGGAGGUUGAGAGAUGAGAAACACCAGAAGUAAUUUUUCCACAAAGUGAAUCAGUGUAUCUGGCCAGGUUAGUUCAGUUCUAUUGACUGCUCAUCCAGUGACUUCACUCAGCAUUUACACAAUAAAAUGACCACAGGGUUGAAAUCUGCAGUUUGGUACGAGAUCUUUUGGACUACGACAAGAUCUUUUACAUUCGCAUCCACUUCACAAUGAAUCCUAUUAAUUUUAUAUUCUUGUAAGAUUUCAUGUAACUUGUCCAAUCAUUUCAAUUUACUUUCACAAACUUAAAGGUAAUUGAUAAAUGUUAACGUGCUAAACAAACACUAACAGAGGACACAUCCUGCUGUUGUGGAAAAGAGCUUUCUCUUUUUCUGAAACUCUAAUUAUUAUUCUGCGUGAAGCAAACAAAACAACCAAGGAGGCUAAUUGAAUUUAUCUGGAAGGUAUCUACAAAAAAAAAAACUUGGUUUAAACAGUAAUAAUGAGAGUAUUUUUAGAUGCAGCCUUUAAAAGUAGCUCAAGGACAGGCGACUAAACAGACGUGUGUCGUUCCUGAGGUCAUGUGAUCUGAUGUGUCCAGAUUUACUCUGGGUUUAUUCUGGAUGCUGAAUUCAGGCUCCAAAGGAACAUCACCUUCACACAGUUCAGAGCCUAACCCCACUGAGAAUAUUUGAAAUGUGCUGGAGAAGACUUUGGGUUCAUUCCUCUCCAGACUAAACAUAAAGAUUGUGAAGCUGGAUACGUUCGUUGAGGAAACUGCAUAAAGAAUCUGAGCAACAGUAUUUUCUUUUAGCUGGCAGUAUUAAUUGUGUAUUUAUAUUUAGUCAUUUGAACUCCCAGCCAGGGCCGCCGCAAGGGGUGUGCGAACCGUGCGACCGCACAGGGCCUCGCGCCCCAAGGGGCCUCGCGCUAUGGGCCGUUUUUUUUUUUUUCUUUCAAAUUUUUUUUUUUUUUUUCCCUUAUAAAUAUCAA